UGGCAGCCCUGCGCAGCCUUGCUGUAGCUGUGCUUGCCUCCCUUCGAAUUCCUAGUACGCCAAUGACUCGUUCACACCUUCUAGGCAGCGCAUAUCACCCCCUACCCGUCCCGCGGCUCGUCACGAACGACUCACUUCCUUCUUCGGUCGUUCCUCCGGAUGCCUCACGCUGCUCCAUUUUCCGAUUCAAGACACAACUUUCCAUUUACCUUUUCUCGACAGCGAGGCUGGGCAUAUUGCCUCCUCCCAGUAUGUCCUCCAAGAUGCCGCCAACAAAGAUAGCUUUUCAUUCUACCUCCAAAACCGGAAUCCCGUCUGAGCAUCGGAAAUAUAUCCCAAGUAUCCUCGUAUAAG